ACUUCCUCUUUUCUACAUGUUUACAGAGUUAGAAACAUUGCUCUGGACUUCUUAUUCUUAUUUUUUGUUGCUUCUUAUUUUUUAUUUAUUGUACGAACUUCUGGAAAAGUUGAAGCAGCAUUGUGUUCUGCCAUGUAUACCCAUGGACAGGCAUUGAUCUGUGACCUCUCUUCAUUUUUGAGGGGGAAAAUGGAAGCAUCAUUGGUUUUCUUUUCUCAACUAAAUACGUGUGAAUCUAAAGAAAAAACUUUUUUCAAGUUAAUACAUGAUCCAGGAAAAGAAGAAACCAGCAAAGAAGCCAAAACAAGAACUAAUGAAAGAAGAAAUUGUUUAAGUCUUCCUAAAAAACCUGACUUACACGAAGCAAACCACUCAAGUAGAUUUGGGUUCUGGGCAAGAGAAACAAGAUUGUCUCCUGAAGAAGCAGUGAAAUGGGGUGAAUCAUUUGAUAAACUGCUUUCCCAUCGGGAUGAACUGGAUGCUUUUACCAGAUUUCUUAAAACUGAAUUUAGUGAGGAAAACAUUGAAUUUUGGGUAGCCUGUGAAGAUUUCAAGAAAAGUGAGGAUCCUCAACAAAUAAUACUCAAAGCCAAAGCAAUAUAUGAGAAAUUCAUACAAAAUGAUGCUCCACAAGAGGUUAACCUUGAUUUUUACACCAAAUAAGUCAUUGCCAAGACCAUCAACCAACCUAUGCAUCACUGCUUUAACACUGCCCAUAGUAGAGUAUACCAGCUCAUGGAGCAAGACAGUUACACACACUUCCUGAAAUCUAACGUCUAUUUAGACUUGAUAGAAGGAAGACCCCCGAGACCAACAAAUCUUAGGAGACGAUCACAUUCAUUUACCUACAAUGAAUUCCAAGAUGCAAAAUCAGGUAUUUCCAUUUGGUUUUAGGAAAACCAUGAUUUUGAUGAUAAAUCUGCUCAUCUUUUUGUAAGAUGCGACCUUUUAUGUUAAGAAAGGAUUACAUGUUUAGAAUUAAAAUAUAUAAUAUGCAUAAAAAUGAGCAGUAAAACCUUUAUAAUAAAAUACAUACUACAUAUUUCCAACAUAUUCUGUAAUAGUUCUCAUUUGAUGCAAUUACAUUUAUGCCCAAAAG